CACACGGUCUCUGUCAGCCUUGCAAGCUCUCACUGUUGAUUGGAAGAGUGUUUCUUUGAGUUUGUCUAAGCGCAGAGGUCAGUUUGGAGGGAUUUGCUGUGAUAGUUGAACUCUGAGUUACAGUGCAGUAUAGUACAGAGCAGUGACAUGGGAAAUGGGAGAAACUUGGCCAUGAGAAGAUUGUACUGAUGAUUAGAGUUUCACAGUGGUUGGUUGCUUCUCAAGGAGUCCAGAAAUAUCACAAGACACAUCUGAUCACAGGACACUUCCUGAUAUGGAUUAUGGGGAAGGGUUAAGAUCAGAACAAUUAGCAGGUGAUGACACCCCUGGAGAAGACAAUCCCUUCCUUACAGUUUCUGACCAUGACAGGAGCUGUGAUGGGAAAAACAUGGCACUCUUUGAGGAAGAAAUGGACAGUACCCCAAUGGUGUCGUCCUUCCUCAACAAGCUGGCCAAUUAUACUAACCUGACACAGGGGGUUGUGGAUCAUGAGAAAGCUGAGAGUGAGGAUGGAGUUAAGAAGGUUGCCGUCAAGGGUCCUCCAAUGGGCACAUUUAUUGGUGUGUUCCUGCCCUGUGUGCAGAACAUUUUGGGUGUGAUUUUGUUUUUGCGCCUCACCUGGAUUGUAGGCACAGCUGGAAUUUUAGGCUCCUUUGCCAUUGUCUUCAUGUGCUGUGUCUGUACUUUACUGACAGCAAUAUCUAUGAGUGCUAUUGCAACUAAUGGAAUGGUGCCAGCUGGUGGCUCAUAUUACAUGAUCUCCAGGGCAUUGGGUCCAGAGUUUGGAGGUGCUGUUGGUUUAUGCUUCUACCUCGGUACAACCUUUGCUGGAUCCAUGUACAUAUUGGGCACCAUAGAGAUUCUUUUGAUGUACAUUGUGCCAAACGGAGCCUCGUUUGAGGAACAGUUGAAUAACAUGCGUGUGUAUGGAACAUGCUGCUUGGCCCUCAUGGCACUAGUGGUGUUUGUUGGGGUCAGGUAUGUGAAUAAACUGGCACUGGUCUUUCUUUCCUGUGUGAUUCUCUCCAUUAUGGCCAUCUAUGCUGGAGUCAUCAGGACUGUCAUCAGCCCUCCAGAUUUUCAAAUCUGUUUGCUGGGUAACCGCACACUAAAAAAUAUUGAAUUUGACAAAUGCAUGAAGACAGAAGUGAUCAACAAUGAAACCUAUACGACAGACCUGUGGAGGCUGUUCUGUAAUUCGUCUUACCUCAAUGCAACAUGUGAUGAAUACUUCACCCAGAACAAUUUAACAGAGAUCCGGGGCAUUCCAGGCUUGUUAAGUGGAAUUAUCACAGAUAACUUAUGGGGAGAUUAUGGCCCCAGUGGGACGGUGUUAGAGAAUAAGAACCAGAUGCAAUCGCCAGCAGAGAAUAUCAGAGAAUCUCAAAAAAUAUCAGAAAAUAUCAAAGAAAACUUGCCUUAUAUCUACAGUGACAUCACCACAUUCUUCACAAUGAUGGUGGGCAUCUACUUCCCCUCAGUCACAGGGAUAAUGGCAGGAUCAAACCGGUCUGGAGAUCUAAGAGAUGCUCAGAGGUCUAUCCCCUUUGGCACCAUUAUGGCCAUUAUUACCACUUCUAUCAUCUAUAUUUCUUGUGUGCUCUUGUUUGGGGCUUGCAUGGAGGGAGUGUUAUUGAGAGAUAAGUUUGGUCUCUCUGUGAAAGGAAGCCCGGUGGUAGGCACUCUAGCAUGGCCUUCACCAUGGGUUAUUGUGAUUGGCUCCUUCUUUUCGUGUUGUGGGGCAGGACUACAGAGCCUCACUGGCGCCCCCAGGCUUCUGCAUGCCAUUGCACAUGAUGGAAUCAUUCCAUUCAUACAGGUAUUUGGUCACAGUAAAUCCAAUGGUGAGCCAACCUGGGCAUUGCUGCUAACUGUAGGAAUCUGUGAAAUUGGGAUUCUUAUAGCUUCUGUGGAUGCUGUUGCUCCCAUUCUUUCAAUGUUUUUCUUGAUGUGCUACCUGUUUGUAAACUUGGCUUGUGCUGUCCAAACGCUCCUACGCACCCCAAACUGGAGACCAAGGUUCAAAUUCUAUCACUGGAGUCUUUCGGUCCUGGGCAUGACUCUUUGUCUCACUCUCAUGUUUGUUUCAUCCUGGUAUUAUGCCCUGGUGGCUAUGCUGAUUGCAGGAUGUAUUUAUAAAUACAUUGAAUACAGAGGUGCAGAGAAGGAGUGGGGUGAUGGAAUCAGAGGUCUGUCCCUAAAUGCUGCACGGUAUGCACUUAUCAAGUUAGAAGAAGCUCAACCCCACACCAAGAACUGGAGGCCCCAGCUAUUGGUGUUGCUAAAUCUUGACUCUGAUUUGAUGGUGAAGCACCCACGACUGCUUUCUUUCACAUCUCAGCUGAAGGCUGGGAAAGGCCUGACCAUUGCUUCUUCAGUGCUGCAGGGAACCUAUAUGACCCGAAGUGCUGACGCCAAACGUGCAGAAACAAAUGUCAAGGCAUCCAUGUCUGCAGAGAAAACAAAGGGCUUCUGUCAUGUUGUGGCUUGCUCUAACGUGAGAGAUGGUUUCUCCAACUUGAUCCAGUCAGCUGGUCUGGGAGGCAUGAAGCACAAUUCUGUCUUGAUGGCAUGGCCCAGCAACUGGAGACAGGCUGAGGAUACAACCUCCUGGAAAAACUUUAUUGAGACAGUGAGAGAGACGACUGCUGCACACCAGGCCCUGCUUGUGGCAAAGAACAUUGACCUUUUUCCAAGCAACACAGAGCGUCUGGCCGAGGGCACUAUUGAUGUGUGGUGGAUUGUGCAUGAUGGGGGACUGCUAAUGCUGCUUCCAUUCCUGCUUCGCCAGCACAAGGUGUGGAAAAAAUGUAAGAUGCGCAUCUUUACUGUGGCACAUCUGGAUGACAACAGCAUUCAGAUGAAGAAGGACCUGCAGGCUUUCAUGUAUCAGCUUCGCCUUAAUGCUGAAGUGGAGGUGGUGGAGAUGCAUGAGAGUGAUAUCUCAGCCUUUACCUAUGAAAGAACCUUGGUGAUGGAGCAGCGUUCUCAAAUGCUAAAACAGAUGCAGCUGUCCAAAACCGAGAGGGAACGAGAGAUUCAAAGCAUUACAGAUGAAUCCAGGAGCUCCAUUAAAAGAAAGAACCCCCCAGCAGGUCUGACUCCUAACACUUUACAAGUGCCUGGCAUGGGAGAUUUGGAGCAUGAGGCUCACAUGUAUCAUGAGAGGAAUUCUAAGUGCCAUCGUGGCCAGCAAGAAGGUAACAGCCCCGAAUCUCAUCAAGUCCACAUGACCUGGACGAAAGAGAAAUAUGUUGCUGAGAGACAGCGUCAGCGUGAGGCUAGCGCAGGUGUACGAGACAUCUUCAGCAUGAAACCAGAGUGGGAGCACCUAAACCAGUCCAAUGUCAGAAGAAUGCACACUGCAGUCAAACUGAAUGAAGUUGUGGUCAACAAAUCCCAGAAUGCCCACCUUGUUUUACUGAAUAUGCCUGGACCACCUAAAAACAAGGAUGGUGAUGAGAACUACAUGGAGUUUUUGGAGGUGUUAAUGGAGGGUUUGGAGCAGGUUCUGCUUGUACGUGGUGGAGGAAGAGAGGUUAUCACCAUCUACUCUUAGUUCACAGUAGAAAUGACUAGUACUCAGGGAAGGUUCAGAAAAAAGGAAAUAAUAAUAAAAUCCAUCUAACCACAUUGGGACAGUCAAUGAAAUAUUUAUAUAGUGAAAUACCUCAUUUAUCCAAGCAUUUCAUUAAUCUAUCUUAAAAUCAUGUUUAUAUGAUACCAAUAUGGAGGAUUCAUAUUAUAUAUUAUUCAUAAGACUAUGUAAAUAUUCAUAUUCUAUAUAGUGGCUCUUCACGCACAAUAUAUCCCAAAGUUAAUGUCCAAGUGUUCAUUUAGAUUAAGUCUAAUAUGUUUUAGGAAGGUAUCACUUUAUACAUUUUAUACAUAAGUGUGUGUGGAAGGGCUGUUGUGAAUCCUACUGCCCUAUUUGUAUUAUAGUAUAAAAGUGUUUAGAACAAAAUAAAAACGCGGCACAUAUAAUAACCACAUAUAAUAUAAAAACCACGUAUAAUAAUAUAUCUCAUACGGUGUGACACAUCGAAUGCUCUCAUGACUUUUCCAGAUUAUACUUUUCUACUGAUUCUCACUGACAGUAAGGAUGUGUUUAUUUACAACGCAUAAAAUACCAAUUACCAAACGUUUCAAUAACACUAAGAUUUCACAUGAUAUCAUUUAACAAAAGGCUUUCCUGGUAAUAGUAAAUAAUAUCAAUACUCUAAAUGGAUGGGGGUUGAUACUAAAUCUUAAUAUUAUAUAUUAAUCUUUGUUAUAUUGCAUUGUGUUUUAUAUGCUAUUCUUUAUUGUGUUAUACUGUGUGCUGUAAGGGCAAUACAAUCAGUGGUGUCCAUUUAAAGUGUUUAAUAUUUAAGUGUUUUUCCAUUGUUCCAUAUAAUGUGCUGCUAUUUUAAUAGGGAAAUGUUUGCUCUUAUCGGAUCUCUAAGGUUGCCAUUUCCUUCAUUCUGCAAUUCAUUUAAACCACAAAUUAGGUUGUUGUUAUAUUCAGCAUGAUGAAGACUAAGUAAUGUAGAUGGUGGUGCAUGAUGUGUGCUAGUAAAAAAUCAGCAGUGAAGCUGAUGUUAAAACAAACACCGCAUUCAAUCACCAUGUAGAAGAGCAAUAUAUUUAUCACUAGUUUUAAAAAAUAAUAGCUUAAUUCUAGCAUAGAAAUUGUAACAUAGAUAAAUAUGUACAUAAAGAAAACUGUACAUAGAGAAAUCUGUACAUAGAUGGAACAUCAAAUAACUUAAAAGAUGGCCUUUUAAGUGAUUCCUGUCUUCAUUUUUUAGUAUUUAGUAUUGUAGACGCAUCACAUUAGCUGCCUAUUUAAAGCUCCAGGUGUGGAUUUAUUGUUUUUUAUUAUUAUUAUUUAUUGCAUUUUAAUUACAUACAUAACAUAAAACUAUAGAUGGAUUUGUGUUAAACAUGAUUUUCUCCCAAUAAACUCGCUGGAUUGA